GUAUGCGCAGGUGCCGCCUCUGAUGGGAAUAUCAAUGCCACGGAGUCCUUAACAAUGGCUACCAUACUGAAUGGAACUGAGAAGUUUGAAACUCCCACCAAACCAGCACCCAGUCCUGUGUUUGACAUUAAAAUUGUUUUCGUCAGUCCAACCAGUGUGGGCCUCACCUGGGAAAACAAUGACACAGUUGCUUCAAACUACACUUGCAGAAUAAAGAAUGAGAUGGAUAAGCCAUGGCCGCUCACUGCUAAUGAUCAGAACCGGUGUAACCUCACAGGCUUGCGUCCAGGGACUUCCUACACAUUCUUCAUUGUCCCGGAAAGAUCCAGUCAUAAUUGGGGAUAUCCCAGCAAAACUGUUACAACAAAGCCUCUUCCAGUGUCGGACCUUUGUGUUGCCUUCAUGGGUGUGACGCAGGUUGUUCUUACCUGGAGCAAGGACAAUGGCACUGAAUCUUACCGGAUAGUUCUUCAGAGCACUAGCAACCAUAGCAAGAUGGUUGAUGAUUUAGCAGUCACCGUUUCAGACCUGAAGCCAGGGUUUCGACAUGUGGUCCAGUUUCUUCCAAAAUUACAUAAGACACCAAGUGAUACCACAGAAGGUGGCUUGGAUACCAACAACACAGAGAGAAGCCCAGAGGUGAGACUCCUACCACACAACAGCUCCGUGGCUCCUGGCAAGGAGUCCCGAGGCAUAGAAGUUCAGCUCGUCGGGUUAGAGUCUGACACUCAGUAUACAGCCACUGUUUAUUCUCAAGCAGCGGAUUGCACAGAAGGACGGCCCCAGAACAUCUCUCCCAGUGUUUAUUCUCAAGCAGCAAAUUGCACAGAAGGACAGCCCCAGAACAUCUCUUUCCUCACAAAUUCUGCUCAGGUUUUUGACAUCCAAGUUGUGGUCAUCAAUGCUACAAGCAUGACCCUCACCUGGAAAGACAAAUAUAAUGGGUCGUCUGCUGCCUAUACGUACAAGGUCCAUGUGGCUGGAGGCACUCAUUUCCUCAACUUCACUGUCCCCGAGAAAAGUCUCGUCAUCCUGGGACUCCACUCAAGCACCUUGUACAAUGUCACGGUGUGUCCUUUCCUGGGAGACGUGGAGGGCGUGCCGGGCUUUCUCCAGGUGUACACGCCUCCUGGUCCUGUCUCCCACUUUCAAGUGACACUUGUCCGCUUAAGGGAAAUUGGCUUAGCUUGGAACAGCAGUGACUCAGAUUUCUUUAGGAUUGUUACCACGCAGGAAGAAACUGGAAACCAUCAAGAUAAUGUGACGACCAUCAACCAAACAAUUAUCAUCGAUAACUUAAAGCCUGGAACCAGUUAUCGUUUUGAAAUAUUUCCACAAGGACCCAAUGGGACUGAAGGGCCAUCUCAACAAGUUACAAGUAGAACUGACUCCAGUGCCGUGUGUGACAUCCGUGUGGUUAGUGUCACCACCACCGAAAUGCAACUGGAAUGGCAGAACAGAGACAAUGUUUCUGGAUACAUCUACCAUUUAGUUAUACAGUCUCAGUAUGGCUCCAACAAAACCAACAGUUCUGAGAAGAACAUCAUUCUGGAGGACCUCAUUCCUGGGACAUUGUACAAUGUCACAAUCACCCCGGAAAUAGAUCAAGUCCAGGGGGAUUCGGGCUCCAUCGCACACUACACACGGCCCAGCAACGUGUCCUACAUUGUAGUGGAGCCCAAUACCACAGCAGCAGCCUUCCACUGGGAUAACACAGACGCAGCCUCAGCAACAUACUCCUACCGCCUUGUUAUCACACAGGCUGAAAACAGCAGCAUAACCAAAGUGAUCAAAGACAUGGGAGUCACUUCUGUGGUAGUCACGGAGUUAACACCUGGCUCGUCCUACACAGUGGAGAUCUUUGCACAAGUGGGGGAUGGUCUUGAGUCAGGGCCUGGCUUGGAGUUGUUCUGUACAGAUCCUGCUCCAGUGACCUCCUUCCACUGUGAGGUGGUCCCCAAAGAGCCAGCCUUGGUUCUGAGGUGGGCCUGCCCUCCGGGCACCAAUGCAGGCUUCGGGGUGGGGGUCAGCAGCGCGGUCUGGGAGAAUACCACCCUCGUGGAGAGCUGUGCCUCCGAGAACGGCACCGAGUGCAGCACAAAAGUCACGUAUUUGAAUUUUUCUACCUCCUACAACAUCAGCAUCUCCACCUUGUCCUGUGAGAAGAUGGCUCCGCCCGCCCAAGGCACCUGCACCACCAGCAUCACAGAUCCCCCUCCUCCAGAUGGAUCCCCCAAUAUUACUUCCAUCAGCCACAAUUCAGUAAAAGUCAAGUUUAGUGGGUUUGAAGCCAGCCAUGGACCCAUCAAAGCCUAUGCUGUCAUUCUCACCACUGGGGAAGCGGGCCAUCCUUCUGCAGAUGUUUUGAAAUACACAUAUGAGGAUUUCAAAAAGGGGGCCUCUGAUACUUAUGUGACAUACCUUAUAAGAAUGGAGGAAAGAGGACGCUCUCAGGGCUUGUCUCAAGUCUUGAAAUAUGAAAUCGAUGUGGGGAAUGAGUCCACCACCCUCGGCUACUAUAAUGGGAAGCUGGAACCUCUGGGAUCCUAUCGGGCUUGUGUGGCUGGCUUCACCAAUAUUACUUAUCACCAUCAAAAUGAUGGACUCAUCAAUGGCGCUGAGAGCUAUGUGUCCUUCAGUCGCUACUCAGAGGCCGUUUUCCUGCCUCAGGAUCCAGGCGUUAUCUGUGGAGCCGUGUUUGGAUGCAUCUUCGGUGCCCUGGUCAUCGUGGCAGUGGGAGGAUUCAUCUUCUGGAGGAAAAAAAGGAAAGACGCAAAGAAUAAUGAUGUAUCCUUUUCUCAAAUUAAACCUAAAAAAUCCAAGUUAAUCAGGGUGGAGAAUUUUGAGGCCUACUUCAAGAAACAGCAAGCUGACUCCAACUGUGGGUUCGCUGAGGAGUAUGAAGACCUGAAGCUGGUUGGGAUCAGUCUACCUAAAUAUGCAGCAGAACUGGCUGAGAAUAGAGGAAAGAACCGCUAUAAUAACGUCCUGCCCUAUGACAUUUCUCGAGUCAAGCUUUCAGUCCAGACCCAUUCAACCGAUGACUACAUCAAUGCCAACUACAUGCCGGGCUACCAUUCCAAGAAAGAUUUUAUUGCCACGCAAGGACCUUUGCCCAACACUUUGAAAGAUUUUUGGCGAAUGGUUUGGGAGAAAAAUGUAUAUGCCAUUGUUAUGUUGACCAAAUGUGUUGAACAAGGGAGGACCAAGUGUGAGGAGUACUGGCCGUCCAAGCAGGCCCAGGACUAUGGGGACAUCACUGUGACGAUGACCACAGAAGUUGUUCUUCCAGAAUGGACCAUCAGAGAUUUCACUGUGAAAAACAUCCAGACAAGUGAGACCCACCUUCUGCGCCAGUUCCAUUUCACCUCCUGGCCGGACCAUGGCGUUCCAGAUACCACUGACCUGCUCAUCACCUUCCGCUACCUGGUCCGAGACUACAUGAAGCAGAGUCCCCCGGAGUCCCCCAUUCUGGUGCACUGCAGUGCCGGAGUGGGAAGGACGGGCACUUUCAUGGCCAUCGAUCGCCUCAUCUAUCAGAUAGAGAAUGAGAACACGGUGGAUGUGUACGGGAUUGUGUAUGAUCUCCGCAUGCACAGACCUCUGAUGGUGCAGACAGAGGACCAGUAUGUUUUCCUCAACCAGUGUGUUUUGGACAUCAUCAGAGCCCAGAAAGACUCAAAGGUGGAUCUCAUCUACCAGAACACCACAGCGAUGACAAUCUAUGAAAACCUGGAGCCUGUGAGCAUGUUUGGAAAGACAAAUGGCUACAUCGCUUAGCGGUCCUGCCUCUUCCGGGAGUGAGGCAGCCCGUCACCCCCACCGCGAGGGAAACGCCCGUGCCCACGAGUCUCCUGUCUCCAAUCUUAGUCCUUUGUUCUGUUCUGUUAGAACCAUCUUCCAGCGAGUGUGUUAAGCCGUGGAGGUGGAGGAGUCGGGGCUGCCAGGGUUCGUGUGUGGGCGUGGAUGGAUCGGCUGUAACUCUGCCCACCAGUGGGAUGAAUUCACUUCUCCCCCUCUCCCCUUGAAAAUUGUGGAAAACCAGGAAAAGUGAGCUCUAGGAUUUUCCUUCUUUUUCUUUCCCCCCCCCUUUCUUCAAAAUUGUUUUUCCUUUCUUCUUCUUCUUUUUUUUUUUUUAAGACUAUUUUCUAUGAUUCACACGCUAAAGCCAGGAUUGUGUUGUGUUUUGGAUAUAUUUGAAGUAUCAGAGGCCUAUUUUUACCUACUGUAUCUUGGAAUCUCACCGCUGGAAAAUACUGCAUCGUGGGUGGGUGGUUGUUGUGUAGGGAGGGGCACGCGCGGAGCCCCUUCUGCACGGGUUUUCUAUUUGAACAUGUGCCUUUUUCUGAAUAAUGCUUCCACAGGCAAAACUCAGUAGAUAUCUCUAUUUUUGUAUUGAAUCUCGUAAUUGGAAUAUAUGGGAUAUUUAAACAGUAGUUUAGCAUCAGAGGUCUGCCUGCUGGUCACAUUCCAGCCUCCCAUUUGAUUAGAGGAGGCCUCUCUCUCUCUCUCUCUCUCUCUCUCUUUUUCUCUCUCUCUCUCCCCACUCUGCCACCUUCUCCCACCUCCACAUAACACUUUUCUUCCCUUCCCCUUCUCCUACUUUUCUCCAAAGACUUCUGUUUUGUAACUUAUGUUCCCCCCAGCCCUUUGGUUGGGUGAGAAUUUCUGUAGGGGGUCGGGGUUGGAGGGAAAGGGAGAAACAGGAACAGAAGGAGUUCAUGGUUGACAUCGAGUCUUAUGCCUCUCUCUUUCUCUUUCUCAUUUUUUUUUUGCUGCCCUCCCCCCUUUUUCUCAUUGCUGUUUUUGGUAAGAAGGAUUAUUUAAAGGUGCAAUAUGUGACUUAGUGAUUCACGAUGCUCUGUGUUUUUAGUCAUGUUUUACUCAGGUUGGCGUUUUCUGUGUGUGUGUGUGUGUCAUGUGUACACUGUGUGUGUGCGUGCAUGUGUGUGUGUGCGUGUGUUUUAAAAAAGCGUGGCAAUCUGUGAACAUUCCAGUGGUGAGCUCAGUGUCACACUAACCCUACCCCUCCGAAGUCCACUGGCUUUCUUCUUUCUGCAGUGACACUUAACCGCCCGCCAUCUACUGUACAUAGAAAUACUAAACUCUCACCACAGUUGUUCUGAUAAGUUGAGGUGUACAAAGUUCGAUUUGUAUCAAAGAUGUAAUUAAUUAUUUUUAAAACCUUUUCACUAUACUGCUGCUGUAAUUACUAUGAUUUUUUUUUACAAAAGAAAUAUGUAGAUUAAACCAAUUUUUUUUUUUUUUGCUUUGGGUGGUGUAGUCACCAAGCAUUUAGAAUUUAUGUGGAUUUUAUUUUAUUGGUACAUAACCUGUAAACUUCUCAAGGCAUUAACAUGAAAGGAUUUGUUUCUCGUUAUAUUGUGGCUCAGGUUAUAUUUUUGAAGGUUUGAGUUUCUUCUCCCAUGGACAAUGAAGUGUAUCCAAGGGCUUAUGAAGGAAUCCCCUGGGGAUGACAGAGAUGUGGCCGUUUCUUGCAGUCACCCAUCCUUCUGGAGACGUCAGGACUGCCGGCCUGUCCUGUGAGACAUGGAAGCGCGGGUCCUUAGACGUGGAAGCUUGGGGCAGCCGCCACUGUAGUCGGGAGGGAGCGUUCUCCGGACGCCUGGCUGCUCGCUGGCACUUUGAUGACUGGGUGUGUUACUGGCUAGCUUAGGGAGAGGGGGGUGGGGCAGCCACGGUGGACUUUCACAGCCCUGGAUGUGGUUUGGAGAGGCAGAGCUGCGUGCCCCCCUUCCCUGUGAGGUACUGAAGGGAUACAGAGGAAAGGUCCCGUGGUGUCCUGUGUUGGGGAGAAUUUUACGUCUCAAAUGGAAAUUGCACUUUUUUGUUGAUUUUUUUUUUUUUUUUUUUUUCCAUGCUUGGGUAGGAAGAAGUUUUCCCGGCUCUUCAAUGAGGAUGGGUGGCCAGGCUGGGCGCCCCGCCUCCGCUCUCUCUCUUUCUGUGUGUGUGAGUGUGAGUGUAUGGGGGAAGGGAGUCGCUGGCUUUGCAGGUGGGACUCAGGGAAGCCGCGCAGGACCCUGGCUGUGGGCGAUGGCUUCUGCACCUUCACCACAUGGGUCUGCGGUGAAUGCAGGCCGACCUCAGGGGGAGGGCACAGCGGGGUGCAGAGGCCCCCGGCUCCCCUCUCCCCCACUCCAGAGUGUCAGAAAGCACGGUGACCACUACCUGUGUUCCGUCCCACGGGGGUCUCCUCAGCCCCACUGCCAGGCAGAAAUCAGAGGAAACAACCUGCUCCUAAAAAGAGUCCUUGAAAAGAUUAAAGCAAAAAUAUACAUACUGUAAUU